ACACGGAAGUUGCAUCUAUUUUUUGCGUUCACACCCGAGCCGUCUUCAUCUCUCAUUGGGUAGCGGUGAAAUUUGAAAUGCAACCCGCUCAGUGUGGCAGUAGCUGCCGAAGGAUGUGGACAAAGGUUCGAAAAACUAACAGCUAAAAAAAAAAAAGGAAACGGAAAAAGAGCAGUGUGGUGGCUAGAUAUCACCGAAAGGCUUUUUUGUACAACGCCUCUCCAGGUAUGUAGAGGGCCUUAAAUUGUAAGACACCAUGGAGACUGCGGUGCUGAACCUCCAGAGCUUAUAUGAAAGGAUGAGGACGCAAGUUGACCUUCUCAGUGAGAACAUUGAACCCAACUUUAUUCAGAUGGCACAAAACUUUGAUGACUGCCGUCGCAAAUGGCUAAAGACUGAGCAUGAACUGGGGUCAUGCAAAGAGAUGCUGAGAAAAACGGAGACUGAGAGGGGAGCCUUGGAGGUCAAACUGAAGCAUGCCCGCAACCAGGUAGACGUGGAGAUACGGCGCAGACAAAAGGCUGAGGCAGACUGUGAGACACUGGACCGUCAAAUUCAGUUGAUCCGGGACCUCUUGACCUGUGAGGGAUCCAGUAACAGCAUCCAGUUGAGUGCAGAACAGCGCUCAGCUCUGGCUUUCCUGAACACAAACUGUCAGGCAACAACCAACCUUAAUACCAGCCGAAGACUGAUGACGAUAGAUGAAUCAGGCUCCAUCUUGUCAGAUAUCAGCUAUGACAAAACAGAUGACUCUCUUGAUUGGGAUUCCUCCACUGUGAGGACAGUGCGACUCAAGAAACGAGAAAAAAGGCGCUCCUCGAGAAAUCAUGUUGAUGGUCCUCCAGUUGCCUCCAAAAGGUCUCGAUCAACAGGAAAAACUUCAGAGAUGGGAAAUGAGGCCAUUGUGACAAAGACCACAGUGACUGUUCCUGCAAAUGGAGGAUCUGUUGAGGCGGUUUCUACCAUUGAGACUGUUCCAUACUGGACCCGCAGCAGGAGAAAGACUGCUGCUAUGGAAUGGGACUCUGAAUCUGUCAAGUCUGAAGAUGUCUUCAAGCAGCCUGCCAACCCUGAGCUAGAGAUGAAAGCUGCGCCUAGUACUCCACAAAGCAAUGGAGGCGUCCGCCUUCAUGAGUUUGUCUCCAAAACUGUCAUUAAGCCUGAAUCCUGUGUGCCCUGCGGAAAGAGGAUCAAGUUUGGCAAGAUUUCACUGAAGUGCAGGGACUGCAGGGUGGUCUCGCACCCCGAGUGUCGUGAGCGCUGCCCUCUACCAUGCAUCCCCAACCUGGGUGGCACACCAGUCAAAAUUGGGGAGGGUGUUCUCGCAGACUACGUCCCAGACACAUCACCCAUGAUCCCUCCCAUUGUGGUCCACUGUAUCAGUGAGAUCGAGCAAAGGGGACUGCAUGAAGCUGGACUGUACCGUCUUUCUGGUGCUGAGCGCACUGUGAAGGAGCUGAAGGAAAAGUUUCUCCGUAGCAAAACUGUUCCUGUGCUCAGUAAGGUGGAUGAUAUCCAUGCCGUCACUGGCCUCCUCAAGGACUUUUUGAGGAACCUUAAGGAGCCUCUUCUCACCUUCCGCCUCAACCGUUCCUUCAUGGACGCAGCUGAGAUUUCAGAUGACGACAACAGCAUAGCUCUGAUGUACCAAACCAUUGGUGACCUGCCACAGCCCAACAGAGACACGCUGGCUUUCGUAAUCCUUCACCUUCAGAGAGUUGCUGACAGUUUGGACACCAAGAUGGACAUCAGUAACCUGUCCCGAGUUUUUGGUCCAACAAUUGUGGGACACGCAGUUCCCAAUCCUGACCCUAUGACAAUCCUACAGGAUACCAAACGACAGCCUAAGGUUGUGGAGCGCCUGUUGGCUCUGCCGGUGGAUUUCUGGGCCCAGUUUGUGAUGGCAGCAGAACACGAGCAGCCGAACUUGGAGCAUUUGAUCAUUGAAAAUGCAAACUGCUACGCCACCCCUGAGAGAGCUGGAGUGAGCAUACUGGGACCUCUGACCACUCCGGAGUACCAGCUCAAUAAAACCCCCUCCUCCAGCUCUCUGUCUCAGCGCAUGAAGUCCUCUCUGACACCCAGAUUUGGGUCAAAGAGCAAAUCGGCAGUGGGAUUUUCUCGCCAAGGAAAGUUCUUUUCUUCUCCGCUCCUCAAAUAAUAUCAAAGCAGCUGCAUUUAAUCCUUUAUUCUUACUGCAAUAACAGCGACUAGUUUGUUUUAUGAAUAACAUUUAAUUGCAUCUAUAAACACCUCCAAUGUAGUCUUCCUCUGCAUUCUUAAAAAUUCUGUUUCUGAAUGUUAGUUUUUAUUGUUUUGUUUUUUUUGUUUUGUUUUUAACAUUUGUAAAAUGGGAUUUUUUUUUUUUUAAAACAACUAGUUUUUUCUGUCUGUGCACACUUGUGUCUUUAGGACUGUUGCUCCUAAUAAAUGUCCAGUGUGGCAUUCUCAUUUCAGAUGACAACACACGAAAAUGCACUGUCUAUUCACUCUUAGAUAAGUGUGCUCAUAGAUGAAAAUAUGUACUGUAUAUGAACAGUUUUAUUGUGACCCGCUUCUAAAUGUAAUUGUUUCCCUUUAAUAGUUUUUCAGCUCAUGUGUCACUCAGAAGUUGAGAAACUUAUUUUUUUUAUUAUUAUUUUUUUGGUAUUUCAUUCUAGGUUGUAGUUGAUUGUGUGGCUGAUGUUUGUAUUUCAUUUGUUUUUAUUUUAAUUUGAAUUGUCCCACAGUAUUUUGUUUAGUGAAUAUAAUUUAGAAGUGUGCAUACCUUUUUCCUUCUUGUUUAAUAACAAACUGUAGUAAUAAGAACUCAACUUUCAACCAGAUCUACUUGGUCAUCGUCUACAAGCUUCACUAGGUGUGGAUCGUUUUAGUAAAUGUCAAUGAUCUCAUUGGCUAUUAGCCUGUUGAAUUACUGGGGCAUUAUUUGAUAAACUAUAAUCACGCAGUUUGAACAAAAAUACACUAUCUGAAUUUCAUAUAAAAUACAUUUACAAAAA